UUCUCCACGUCCGAACAAAUCUUGUUCUCCGGCGCGCAAGCCGUGUCCCGUGCUCCGACUCCGAUCAUAUCUUGAAAGCUGCAGUCGUUUUAACAGUUCUACUCUAAGGAGAAUUAUUGCUUUCUGUCUCUGUAAUUGAACGGAAAUCGAUUGUAUAAGAUGGAACCUGUGACCAAUUCAACUCCCGCCGCUGAAAAUACGGGAUCAAUCAAGGCCCAAGGUAUGCCUGCGAAAGUGGAGGGUUUUGGGCGUUACCUUGAUGAAAUUUUGGGUAAAGUGAACAAGCUUGAGACAAGAGUCAAUGAAAUUGAACAGUUCUACUCAGGUACGAAUGAUACGCAACUGAAUACUCCCAAGCAUGGUUCUGUUAUUAAGGACAGAGUCAAGGAGAGACAUGUCAGUAGCAUUGAGAAGCAGCAACAAGAUGCAUCGCAUAGAGAGGCAGCUGCUUCAAAGAGAAUGCAGGAACUUAUGCGCCACUUUGAAAAUAUUUUAUGUCAUAUCACUCAGCACGAAUGGGCACAUCCUUUUAUGCAUCCAGUUGAUGUAGAAGGUCUUGGGUUACAUGACUAUAAUGAGAUUAUUGAGAAGCCCAUGGACUUCAGUACAAUAAAAAAUAAGAUGGAUGGUAAUGAGUACAACAAUGUCCGGGAGAUUUAUGCUGAUGUUAGGUUGGUUUUUAAGAAUGCAAUGAAAUAUAAUGAUGAAAGAAAUGAUGUCCAUGUAAUGGCCGAUACUUUAUUAAAAAAACUUGAAGAGAAGUGGCUACAACUUUUGCCUAAAGUUGCUGAGGAAGAAAAAAGACAGGAAGAAGAGGAAGCAAAGGCACAGAUAGAUUUGAAGCUUUCACAAGAGGUGGUUCAUGCCAACAUGGCUAGAGAGUUAAGUCACGAACUUUUUGAGGUUGAUAUGCAAUUGGAGAAACUGAGGCAAACUAUUGUCCAACAGUGCAGCAAAAUGUCCACUGAAGAGAAGAAGAAACUUGGAACAGCUAUUCCCCGAUUGUCUCCGGAAGACCUCAGUGAGGCAUUGGAGAUAGUUGCUGAGAACAACCCAGGCUUCCUACCAACAGCACAAGAGGUUGAUCUUGACAUAGAUGCUCAGAGUGAGAUAACUUUGUGGAGGCUAAAGGUUUUUGUGCAAAAUAAAUUAAGACAAUCUGGAAAGAGCUCUGAAGGUGUGGAUGGAAACAACAUAAAUGACCACACCACCAAGAGCAACUCCAAACGAAAAGGAGAUAAUGUUAAUUCUGUUUCGAAGAACGCUAUGAAGAGGUCUAGAAAGGCCACUCCUAAUUCAUAAUUAACUCUUGCAGCAACCAUGUAGUGGUGGUGGUGUUUUCUUGCUUGCAUUUAGAUGUGAAGUUGCCUGCUGAAUGUUACAAAGUUCACACUGAGAUAAAAUAGUCUCGUCACUCCGUAUAUCCAUUAAUCCCUUGCGGAAUAAAUCUCAAUUGAUAUACAAGAUGUGUAGAUCAAUUUCUCUUCUUUUUUUUUUUUUGUCUACUUCUGUCUUGGUGUGUUGGUGCUAAAGUUUCAAGAUGUAUGUGUAGUGUAGCAUGAACAGUGCCAUGUGAGAGAGUUUUGUGCUCAGAGGUGCUGCAGGGUGCUUAAUGG